GGAUUGGACGCCUUGAGCUAAGCCACUCAAGGUCGCCAAAUCGAAAAGGUGGUAAUUAAUUCCUGCAUCUACUGAGGUGUUGACGUAGUAGUCGAGAUGAACUUCUGGACACCAAGAUUUCAUUGAUUUAUUUCGUAAUCCUGACUAAAUAAUGUGGUCUCUGGGAGAUGUUUGCAUUUAUCAGCAUGAAAACAAAGUUUAUGAUUUAUUUGUUAUUGAGGAAAUCAAUUUGGAAAACUCACUUGUUACUGUUCGUUCAAGCAGUUACACAACUUCAUGUUAUUUCAGUGAUUUGCUAAAUAUAACACCAGAAAACGUUAAAUUAUUAUGUGAAAAUGAUAAAAUCACGUCAACUCUAGACUCAGUGGAUUACUCGUAUUUUGCUACAAAACUUAACACUUUAUUAAAUCUGCCGCUCUCUAUGAAUACAAUUAGCUUGAAAACGGAAAGCCAAAAGAAUCCUGUCCAAUUAUGGAACAAUGGAGAUAUGUGCAUUUGCACAUGGAGUGAAGAUGAAGCCUAUUACUACGCUAAAAUAUUAACAGCUGAUUAUGAAAAUGAUAUUUUCACAGUAUCAUUUUGUUUUUAUGAGAAUGUCGAACAGAAAUCCUCUAAAGAUCUGCAUUAUAUUAAUUCUGAGUUUGAGGCGUACGUGACAGACAAUAUGAAUAAAUCAUUUGCACUUUCAAUGAAGGAACAGAUCAGUGAUCAAUGUGAACUCGAGGAAGAUCAUGAUAGUAAACGGUAAGUAUCGUGGAGUAUGUUUAUUAUUAUCUAGGGUAGUGGAUUAUUAUAGGUUAUCAUUAUCAUCAAAAAAAUUAGUUUUUGUUGGUCCUUUGUUUCCUGUUGCCUUUGUGUUUUUUUUUUAACUUAGGGGCGAAAUGGAAACUUUUCAAGGAUUAUAAAUAAGUGCAAAAUUAGCUAAAUACCACCGACACCAGGUAAUUUUUACCCAUCGUAUUGUACCAAAUUUGUCAGUAGUGUGCGUAAAGAGAUUUAUUUAGUUUCAAAAAGUGGUCAUUAAAUCCGAAUAUCUAUUAAUUUGAACAAAUUGGUAGUAGCAGCGAAGUUUUUGAGACCGAUCAACUGUGAUAUUCAUUAUAGGAGUAAAUUUGAGCUGGUUUGACCAAAAAUAGAACCUUUUGGAAAUGCCAGUUUUUCCUUUCUUUAUAUUGUAUGCAAUGACUGGCCAGAUAGAUUGAUGAAGUAAAUCUGACCCCUGUUAAAUAAUGAUUGGGUACCCUGUGUACAAAGUCAUGGAUUUAUCUUAGUUUGUAUUUUUUGAGUAAUAUAUAUUCCGUUACUAGUUGAAUUAGUUACCUGUCGAAUGCAUCGUCUACUUUCAGAUUUCUCAUUAUCUGAAUAGCUUUUGCAGUAUGUAUAUUCAGUGUUACUGAGUUCUGACGUGACGUUUGUUACCAGUUAUUAGUAGGUAUUCACUAUUUUAUCCGUUUUCAGUGAGGAAUGGUGUGCUAAGCAAUUUCCUCACCAUCUAGGUUGUAGUUGUCAGUCACUCGUAACAAUUAAAUAUUCUUAUAGUCAUGUCAGGACUAAGUAAUAAAGGAUGUUUUUCUGAGUUGUAACUAAUAUCGUUGUGUUGGGGGAUCGAAUUUUAUCUCAUAUGUAAUACUCCAUCUAUCUGUCAAACAGUAAAUUACAGUGGGUUGUAUGAAAUGUUUAGUUCUCACUGUUCUUAACUGCCGUUUAGUAGAGAGACGGAAAGCUCUAAGAACAAAUUAUGCUCUUAACUUUUUUGUUGUGGCUUUACUUUUUCCCUUGUCUCUAUAUUUCUUAUUGUGUUGCUUGUAAAGUGUGACCAAUUUGAACGGUUCACCAUUCUGCUAGGCUCUCGGUUGCUUUUUCUUCACAUUUUCUUUAAUUAAGAGGGAAUUUAAAAGGUACCAAGUGCUAACAGUUAAAGUGCUAUUUACUAAUUUAAUCAGAAACUUCCGGUCAAAAUAACAAAUACUUUAUGUAUAUCUGUUAGCAUACCUGGUCUACCCUUGGUAUUGGCUAACAGUUCAAAGUAAGAUGGCGGAAAAUAUUUGUAGCUUAGGUUGAGGAUUUUGAGGGUGUUUUGUUUGCUGAGCUCUGUGAUUUGAUCGUGAAGCUUUUCAUGAUCUUUCUUGAUAAAAUCAUCAGCACACACUCAUAAGAAUUGAGUUAUUAGAAUUGUUCCACAACUGACUAGCUGUUCUCUUGACUUGGAAUUCGGCUGGUUAUUUCUACGAUUUUUUAUUUUUUUCACCGACCUUUUCCUUGUUAGUUGAUAGAUUGGGUCACUCUCGACGUGUUUAUUGAUCAAUGCGUUACCAGUGAAUCAUACUGCUGAGGAAUCUCUAGUUUUCAUUGUGUUUCCUCUGUCCAGUAUUUUAACGUUUUUUUCAAUCGAAAUCAUGCCCAUAAUUGUCCACAGCUAGUAAAUUACGGAGAAAUUCUAAUAAUUCACGUCUUACUGAAGUGUGUGCUGUUGAUAUCAAACAGGACAAUAAAAACUUCACGGUUAAAUCAAAGAGCUUAAAGAACAAAUCAUUCAAAAAAGUUUACAGUAGAUAUUGCAAUCGACUCAGAAAAUAUAUCGGUCGUGAAAUUUAAUUUACGCAAACUGUAUUGAGAAUAUAAGUGUAUAGCCUUCCUCCUAAUAUGAAGAAAUUACUGGUGCGAUUAGUCUGUAGAACGUUUGAUCGCAAGAAUAAAACCAAAAUUCUGGAUUUGUCUCUUUAAAAACUAUUUACUACCAAAUCGUAUCGUAAUCUAGCUUCUCACUUCACUCUUUGACAGUCUGGUUGUAUUUUCUUCGGAGUAAUAUUUUUCAGUGUUUAUCAUGUGAUAUUGAUAUAACGACUCAGACUUUAGUUUAACUAUUUUGAAGUCCGUAAGUAUUUGCUUUAAAAUAAAUCGGUCAUUACCUUGCCAAAUUUUAGUUAAAGUGUUAUAAUUCUUUCUAAAAUGGAUUCUUAGAAUUUAACUAGAAGAAAUCGCCAUUCAAUAAAUUUUUUUGAGACAACAGUAUGCGAUCACUGUAAAGACAGCUAAACUCUACCUGGUAUUUCGACUGACUUUAAAGUAGUAGGUAAAUACGCGGAACGUAUUUGGUCGGUAUAUUGUUAUGUAAGACUUCUUGAACUCGAAUGACCUGGAAGAAAUUUCUGUGACUUGCAUUCUGUAUAGGAAAUUUUACAGUUCACUUAAAACUGUUCUUGAAAAUUGAGGGGACUUGAUAAAUUAUUUAAUUUUAAGGAUCCUUUUAGCUUGUUCUGCCAUCGUAACAAUCCAUUCUUUGUAGAUAUUGUAUAUUAUUUAUCCUACGUUUUAUUGCUGUUUUGUAAUAUUCAAUAGUUAACACUCCGGGUUAAAACUUGUGUAUUAUUGUUUUGGAACAUUUUUUAUUCCCAGGGACACAUACGAAUCCUCUGUUCAAGAUGAGGACAUAAAAGAAUUAAAUGAAAUUACUUCUCAUUUGCACAAAACUUCACUUAAUCCACUUAUUCCUCGUAAUAAAAAACAGGGAUCAAAAAUUAAAAAAUCGUGUAAACCUGGACUUAAUGAAUUUUCGAUUGAGAAUAUAUCUCAGUCCACAAAACAGAAUCGAUCAUUAGAUUCUUCAAAUAUACAACAACACAUCAGUGAAUUACAAUUACAUCCAUUAUUGCUGAGUUGGUUUAUUUGUGGUUACCAAACUGGGUUUUACGAAGUGAGUAGACAAAUCAUAUAAAUGUUUAACCUCAUCAAAAAUGAGAAUUAUGUUUCGGAAACUGAUAGGAUAUACAAUCUAAACAUUUAUCAGUUACAUAGUGUUCACUGUUUGUGUAGGAUGUAUUAACAUUGUAAAUAAGUGUCCUCAACAUUUUGAAGAUAGCAAAAGAUACGUGAACACUCACUGAUCAUAAUUUUAUGCUAGAGAUCUAGGAUCUCGAUUUUAUACUAGAGUACAUUGCAUUUUUUAGUCUUUCCAUUUCGUCCACUUAUUGUAAAUUUAUGAUAGAAUAUUGUCUUAGUGAUUGUACUCCACCAUGUCUCAUUAUAUGGGUGUAACUAAACUUCAGCGUUCUCCAGAGGUUUAAAUAUGAAAGAUUGAAGAGAUUGACACGAUAAGAUUUAAUCAGAGUGAAUGUUAACUAAGAUUUACUUUGUGUUAAAUAACUCAUCUUUUUGAACGGUAACAUUUCGUUAAUGUAUUGCAUAAUUUUCACUGGAUAAUGACAUCACAAGUAGUAAGACCACAUUGAAUUAUUAGAAAUACCCAUUUAGUCACUUCAUUUUCUGAAUAUUCCGUAUACUUUUCAGCUUGAUAUUUGUAAAAACCAAUUUCUUAAAUAGAAUAAUUAUAAAUAUUUGAAAGAAAUAAUAUUCAGUUUACAUGUUCUCAAUAAGUUGAAGUGUACACUCUUUGUCAGCUCUAUAAAUUAUUUAAUUAUCUAUAAAUCGUUUGUUAUUAUAAUCUCAUUGGUUAAAAACCAUGGAGCCUAAUUAAUUUUCAUUUGGAUGUUGAAAUAUCUAUGAUUUUUAAGUUUAAAAACAUUUUAAUCCAAAAAAUCUCAAAAUAGUUCAGUCGUUUUGAGGAAUUAAAUUUGCGACUUGAAAAGUAAAAAAAGACUAAAUUUAUAUCGAUAGUAUGAUGUUAUGUAUUACUAAUUGUUAAUAAAUAGUUAGUUGGAAAGUAGAAUUAUUAUUAAUUACAUGUGGAUAAGAAAGUAGAUGUUUCACAUUAUACAGAAUAAUUUUCUAAUUAUUCCAACAAGUUGAAUUUAGAUAAAAGUAAAAAGACUAAAUAUGUGAUCCAAAUAAAUGUACAAUAAAUCGGUAAUUAUUCAUUAGUUAACUGUUGAACAGAAUUAAUAUAAGCUUUAAAUGUAGCCUAAUGUUGUUUUUGAUUACAAAUUACAAUUAACAUAUUCAUAUUUGUGGUGCAGUUGACAAGUUUGCUUUAAACAGAUACAGGUUUAUCAUUAUAAUAAUAAUUAGUAAAUCUAGAAACUAAUGAACUCAAAAAACCAAAAAGAGAGAAUCAUUCUCUGCAUAAUUUUCAAUAAUCUUAACUAAUUCAUUCCGACUAGUAAUAGUUUCAAUAGAUUUAGCUUUUAAGGGUUUGAAUUAUGUCAUUAUUGACUGAAUUUUGAUCAGUCUUAGUAUAUUUGCAUUGUAUGCGGAUUACUUUGAUAUAGUCAUUCCAUUACUAGUUUUAUAGAAGAGAUGAAUUGCGGUUAGCAAUGGGAUUAAGAACGCGCGUUUCAUCCCAUUUAGUGUGAACAUGAACACUGCAAUGAAGGUAGAUCCAGUCAAUAAGUCCCAUUUUACACUCCACUUCUAAUCACAAUCCAUCUCAUGAGAAAUUCAAAAGUAACCAAAGAGUGUGCUACGUAGUUGUAAUUCAGUUUAUUAAUAUAAAUCAAUGUGCUUUUUCUCCUACCAUUACAUCGAUUUGUGUAAUAAAUAUCACUAAACUGUUGUUAAAUAUAAUCUAGUAGGAUUAUCAUUAUUAUUUGAACACAUAAAUAUAGGUAGAAAGGGGCACCGAAUACAUAUGCGCUACACAGGUCACUUGAUUUGUGUGUGUGCUAUGAUACUGCCCGGUUGCCCAAACCGAAGUAAGCAGCUUCCUUAGGGGGUCACACCAGGAGCCGUUGACCUAUAGGUCUGAUCCACAAGGCAGUGGAGCAACAUCGUGAGAUGUAGUCCCAUGGUAGCCAGUGACCAACGAUUGGUCCGUACUAAUUAUGUUCCUUCAGGACUCUAGAUUCCAUGUGCACCAUUUGUUUGGAGUCAGGGUUUUCUAACUCCCCCUAGGUGGAUCAUUUGUGUCAACCAACCCGGUUAAAGCCCCAAACAUUCGCUUUUUGUCCUCUCAAUUUCGUAAACGACAGUUCCGCCACGAGAAGGCAGUGAGUGGGGCUUCCCUGGCAGUGUCUGUAUACGUGUGAUGUCAGAGCAAUUUAAGAGAGAGAGCGGACUCUCCCCACCAUGGGUCAUACCAUAUCUAGUAGAAAUAUUUUAACUUGGAAACUUUAAGGACUUAGAUGGUGAUAUUUAAUACUAUAAAAGUUUUGAGCAAUAUGGUGUUUGAAGUUUGUUCAAGUUAAUAGGGUAUUACAUAACUACAUAUAACCUAAUGAAUUUCACUUGUUUGCCAACAUAACAUAUCCCUUAUUAGAUGUCGUGACUGUUCUCUGCUUACAAAUCCAGUGCUACAAAACUAACCCGAGUAAUCAAUAUUUUAUUAACUAGCCAAUUUUUAUAAAGUGGUUACGAAUGUCGUGUCAUAAUUUGAACAGUCACCUGCGUAAUAUAUUUCGCAAUAAACAGUUGCUAAAUAUCAUAUGCAAAAAAUAAGUAGUGAAUAUACAAUAAACUGAAUUAUUGAUGAGGUCAACGUCUAUACAGAGAUUAAUCAUCAUGAGUUAAUUGUUCCACUGCGAAAACAAAAUUAUUGUCUAAUAUCAUACAAAUUAUUGAACAGAUUCACGUUUGUUUGACAAUAUUUGUGAUCAUAAGAAUGCUGAACGAUGCAUACAUAAUCGUUUGUUGGGAUUACUUGAUCAAGAACUUGUUGCAAAGUAUUUACUGACGAAGGAGAAGGAUACAUGGAGGUCGAAUAAUAAUAUUAGUAAUGCUACCGUGUUUCAAUUAUUAACACCCACCCCCUCCGUCAACGAAAAUUCUUCUUAUCUUUCGUCAUAUUCAUUAACGUAAUCUAUCAUCUACCAGAGAACGUACACAUGAGCAUACAGAUUUUGUGUACGGUUUCCGAUCCUUGUAGAAAUGAGAAUUACGAACCUCAAAAUGCCAAUAAGUUCCUCUUUCGAAUACACUAACAACGUGCUUUAGUGCUUCCAGCAAUGAAAACGCUACCAGAAACAACAUAUCUACGUGCAUAUUUUCUGUGGCCGUGAUCAACUUACUCCUUCUUGCUAGAUUAUUAUUGUUCCGAAUUGGGAGAAAGGCAAAUAAUCAAAAACUUUUUCCUUUUUUGUAUCCGUUUUUCUAUAAUAAUAGUAACUACCGAUAGCUUCAUUUCUAAAUUGUUGAUUUCAUUUGAUGAUAGACUACACUGAUGAUUAGCACAGUAGGUAUAAAAAAUUUUCAUUCAUGAGUGGGUUGGUUGUGAAUAUUAGAUUUUAAUCACAAUAGGACUAGGAUCAUAUUUGAGAAUAUCUUAAUUUUAUCUGAAUUAUUUCUAGUUACAUUAGUCACUUCAUUAUUCGAUUUGUAAGUAGUAACUUACUUUAUAUUACUUGUAAAGUCUGAUUUGAUCUACUUCAGGAUUUAUCCUUACUUCUCGACUACUUUGCAGAAGCUUUAGCUAUAUAUAAUCUGUGUGUAGUUCCCUUCGAUGUUCUAUCUUCUGACCUUGCAAUUUUAUCCUGCUUCAUCUGUUAUAAUGUAGCAUUUCUUAUCAGAAGUUUAUCAUUUGAUUUUAUUAUCAUUAUUACUAUUAUAAUUGUCUUAUCAUCUUUGACUGUAUGUAUAAUCUACACUACAACAUACUUUUACUGCACACACUAUUUGGAAACCAGUUUCGGGGCAUCGGUCCCAUACUUAGGUUUUUUUUAUUUUAUUCGGAUUUCAUAGUUGUGUGGUUCAAACAACCUUGGUACGGUCAGCAUUUUGUCUAGUACUUCUCAUAUUGGUAUUUAUUUUACUAUGUGUUAGUUCCCGUUGCGAAGGUUUGACUUGAUAAUUUCAAAUAAGUUGGGGGUUGAGCUGAUCAUUUAUGCUAACAAAAUAAUGGAAUAUCAUGAAUCCUGAAACUACACAGAAUUAAAUCGUUCUAUAUAACAACUAGCACUCUUCGAAUAAAAGGAAAGAUCUCUUUUACUUCUGCAUAAAGCUGUAUUUAAAAACUAUGUUUAAGUGUUUUCUAGGUCAAAGAGUCUUCCCGUGAAAUCUCGACCAAUUCUAAAGAAUAUCUAAACUACACAAAAAAAACCUUAUAGAUCUGUAGAGCUGGGAAAUUUACUGAUCAAAUCAGCAUUAGUAUUAGAUGCUUAUUUUGAAGCCAUCAAGUCGAUAUAAAAAAUAUCAAAAUUCAAAAAAUUCCUCCUAAAUAUAGAGAAAGACUGGCUGUUAAAGCUUUGUUAAACGCCACAACUAACAAUAGUAGGGAAGACCUAACUAUUCAGCGAACUUCGACCGUUCAUUCAAACAAUCGCGUUUAAAUUUGUUCAUUUCUUAUAUAAUAAACACAUGAUAAUUCUGCUCUGUUUCAGAUUUAAAAAGUAUUGCAUUUUUCACACCCACUCGCAUACACACAAUGAUAUCUAAUACAAAAUCACCUUGACCUAAAUCUCGUUACACUGGUACGAUCAGAUUCAGUUUAAUCGUACCAAAUAUUCUGUCUUGUCCCUCUGCACUGUUUGAAUUUGCGUGAGCUUGAUUCGGCUAUUUAAUUAUUUUUUGAAGGAGACAUGAAACGUCAGGAACUCAAUUUCUUAAUUACUAAGGUACCACAAAUACGUGGACUAGUUUUGCUUACAUUUAAAGUGAGUUUUAAAAACUUAUUUAUUGGUUUAGUCGUUUGACUCUGGACUAAUGAGUUACGUGUACAAAGCCUAUCGAUCCCAACUUGGAAACGUCUCUUAAUGUACUCAAUCGUAACUACUUGCCAAAAGCUUCAUGGAUUUAUGCCUAUUCUCAAUCCGUCACUUAUUGACGUAGCAUAUUAAGGUAGAUGUAAGCUUUUGUGUGACUCGUGCAACCGUUCUCUAAAAAAAUGCAUGCUUUAUAUUGUUGUCAAACAUAAUACCUUGAUUUUUUGGUUCCAUUGAUUACUACUGCAUUACUUUUAAAAUUACACUAAAUACUUGAGCUCAUUAGUAGCCGGUUACUGUAGUUAUUUACCGCAAUUUGUAGUGUUAAAUAAAGCAUGCUAAUAAGUCAACUUCAUAAGCACUACAAAACUAUCUCAUUUUUACAUGUAUUGAAAUUCAUGUGUUUAUUAUUCGUAGUGUUGUCAAAUAAGAUCGCUUUCCAAUUUGUAUUCUUUAAUAAAAUGUGUAGAGGCUACGCUAUAUCUGUCUCUUACAUCACUACGUUGAAGCGGUUACAUCGACAAGAAUAGUAAAGUUUUCGAUAUUGCAUAGAAAAAUAAUACCAUGCGAAAUUAUUUUAUGAUGGCACUUUGCGUUUAUCCAAACAACCAGGUAUUAUUUCAUACUUUCUAUAAAAAUGUGUGGUUGAUUAUUUAACAUGUCUGCUUAUAUUAACUCUUUACUGUUUGUAUAAAAUCUUCAGUAUUGUGAUGUGACUCACUCCCCACUUCUGUUUUUUCUUUACAACUAGGAGUCUCUCGCGUACCACGGGGACAGCAAUUAGCUCACACGGUGAAGUGUAACUGGUGUAUAUAUUGUACAGUAUUUGUAGUGUUUUGUUAGUUAAAACGUGUUAGUGUUGCUUCAUGAAUAAAAUGGUUUAAUUUGUCAGUUUAAGGACUUAUCAUUGAUCAGUUUUGUUUCGUUCAAGUUGUGACUAAAACUUGACAAACGAUGGAGGACAAAUCUAUGUUGUCUAUUUAUUGUGAUACAUUUCUAUUUGUGGUGUCUUUUUACCUACCUCGUUCUAUAUAUUUAUACUUAAUUAUUGAGGCUGACUUGUGAGUCUUAUCGUUAUUGAACGUAAUUCCAUGCAGUUCGUUCAUUCAAUCUUGAAACCUGUUUAUAACCCGUCACUAAAUAGCAUUUACUAUGACUCAAACAUAAACGUUUUCCGAACAGGUAUGUUCGCAUAACAAAAUCCGGUUUACAGUCUCACACUAUUUCGGAGAAUUGUGAAUGUUCCUAAGGUUUGAGGGUAAUCUAUUAAGUACGUUUGUUUCAGUAUAAAGCUUACAAACUUCCUCACAAGUUACGGCAUAAACUUGACUAUUAGCAGUUCGGGUGCACGAUUUUGGUUUCAUUGUAUUUUGUGAGAUAGACAAUUCGUUUGUAGGUUUUUUGCUUUCUUGUCGCUUCAUCCUACUUUAUGCAGACCAGAAGACAAAAUAGCAUAAUCGAGCAAUUGUAACACCCACAAAGCAAAUGGCUGCCGCGCACGGGAUAUUAAUUCAGACAAAGUGUAUGUCAUCUGGUAAAAGCAAGGAACUAAAGGAGGGGACCGAUCUAGGUCUUAUGUGACGUCGGGUUCAUCAAUGCGGGCGUCAGUUUAUGUUGGAAAUUAUGCGCCUAACACGUCGCUCGACCAAUAAUGCUAAUCCUCAGAGUGAACUGAGGUAGUGUGGUUUUCGGUGUCAAAGCUACAUUGGUGUCUGGUGGUUAAACUCGUCUUUAGUGCAUAUAGUUCAACAACAUAGAUGGUCUGCGUUGAGUAAUCUUAGGUCUACUCGAGUUACACAGGAAUGAUGUGGGCAAUCAGCCCAAGUAGGAGUGGUACAUCACUGUUAGUAUAUGAUGUCGAUAACCCAUUCGUCGUAUCCAAGUGCAAUGGCUGCUUUGGUGGCCGUAUAACGCAAAGGACAUUAUCACGUAAAGUUAUGUUGACGGCAAGGAAACUUUGAGUUAAUUAGCAGUCAUAGCAACAAGCGGACUAUUGUUUCUAUCAAUUUCUAGUGGUCUGACAUGAAGAUAGAUAAAAUUGCUUCAGGUGUCAUAUAAUAAAAACCAAGUAAACCUUGAAAUAAAAACUUAAGGUUCAGGGUAUUCGUCUGCUUCUUGAAGUCUUUCAUCUGAAGUGACGAACAAUGACAUUAGGAGGGUCCCAAAGAUGCAUUAAAAGAAAUUAGAGCAUAUAGAGUUUUGGCUAAGAUACAUAAAAUACUGAUGAUCAAAUGAGGAAUAAAUAAACUCAAACAUUGAUAUCUGCCUCUGGUAAUUAGCCGAACUAGUUGCAUAUGCAUAUUCAGAAAAAGGUUUGUAGUGUGGCGUCGCAUCACGGUUGAAUAUGAACACCGCUACCAAGAAGUGCGUGACAAAUAAAUCCAUAAAAUCCCCCGGAAGCCAUAUAUCAGAAGGCAGUUAAUGGACCAAGUCGAGAUAUAUUUGUUGGCGAUCUCGUGGUAUCGAAAUACCGAGAUCGUGCCAGGAUACAAGCUUGGUUACAGAGCGCAACCGAAUUCGCGCGAGUUCACAAUCAAAGUGUGUAUAAUGGAUGUUUUUAGCACAGUUAAGCAAAGAGCACAAUAAACAUUCACUGGUACAAUUGUUUAUAAUAAUAAUUGUUUUCAAUAAACCAAUCGUGUUCUCGUGAUAAAAGUAAGUCACUACAGGUUUUUGAAAGCAUGAAACGAUGUUACGACUAUAUGUUAAUGGGAUUGAUAAAGCCUACGUUCAAUAAGAAUAAAACGUAACAAUUUUUCCAUGAUUUUGGAACACAACCUUACGAGAAGCAUUAGUUCAUUUUCCCGAACCUCGAAACUUUCAUACUGACAGUCACCUCACUAACAAAGACAAUGUCUAUGUCGAAUAAAUUUUAAAAACUUUAAUCAAGUUAAUAAGUUGGACAUUAAAGUGACAGCAUUGUAAAAUAUAUUCGAAACUAAAACUAAUCACUGUUUAGCGGUAAAUAAAUCCCC